AUGAAAAAAAUAUACAGGGGAACGAAAACAGACGAGAUAUUUCAGGCGCAGAAAAAUAAAUACAACCAUCUGAUAAACAAAAACCAUAUUUACAACAACAUCUACUUGAACUUGGAGGUCUACGAAAAAUGGAGGAAUCCUAACACGGACAAGGAUGAGCACAGCCACUGGAACGAGAAAUCCCUGAGUCUGGUCCUUAACGCGGACUCAAAUUUAAUGGACAAGGAAGUGAAGCACCUUCUGAGAAGAGGCGUGUCGGACUCGCUCAAACACCUGAUCUGGGUGAGAUCCAACGACGUAAACUACUUUGUUAUAAAUUUCCCGCACUUUUACGAAACGACCAUCUACAACACAUUCGGAGAUAAAAUCCCAUCCAUCCUGUUCAACGAUUGCCCAACAUUCUGCGGCGGAAUCCUUGGGUUGCAAGAAGACAUUAUGUGUGUGCAGACAAAAAUAGAGGAACUAGAAAUUGAGAACCAUGAGGAUUAUGAUAAUUUUAACAUUAAUGAUUCUACAAGUAACAUUUUACAACUUUUAUUUAACAAUCCAAAUGAGAACGAAAAAAAAAAGGACCAGUAUUUGUUGCCUGAACAUAACUUUUGGAUAGAACCCAAAACGUUGAGUACCCCAAAUUUUGGGUUCACAAAUAAAAAAAAAAAAAAAAAAUUCUUCUACAUUGAAAAUGUGAAAAAUAAAUUGCUAAGGAGUAAGAGGAUCGACAACUACCUGAGGGUCGCAUCCGAUUCCGUUCUCCCCUAUUCGAGCAACUUCAUUUUUAAAAAUUUGUCUAAUCGCUUCUACAAGGGUAAGGUGGAAAAGUUUGACGAUAAGACUGCAGAAGAAGCAGAUGGGGAAAAGUUAGAGCACAAUACCACCAGUGAUAAUUUAAACAAGGGCGAUAUUUCCACCGCGGGAGGUGGUGAUGUGAAUGCACACCACGCCGGCAACAUAGGUGUGAGCGACAGAUCAGCAGAAGGGAAGGAAAACGUAAAGGAAGAAGCAGGCAAAAACAUCGACAAUCUAUCUACAAAUGGAGAGAAAAUUCAUAAUGAGUCUGGUUUUAAAUUGUCCAACUGUAGUGAAAGCGAAAAAAAUAUCCUCAUCAAAGAUGACAUAAUUAUUUUUCACAAUGGAGGAGAUGAUACGAAUAGCGGCCCGGAUUACGACACGGGUAGACCGGAAAAUGAGAAGGGCGAAGCAACCCACUACUCCAAAGGAGGAACGAACUAUGAGAAUAUGGGGGGGAUUCACCCGAGUAAAAUUAUUGGUACAAAUUCCCAUGGUGACCAAUCCAUUAGCGCAAAUACAAAAGACAAUUUGCUGUCCACUAAAAUGGAAGGGAAGGACUCAAACAAGGAGGCAUACGAGUCGAACAAAUAUCUGCACAUACAAUACUACAUGACGGAACAGUACAUCAUAAGUAAGAAGCAGGCCGAGAAAAUGAAUAAAGCGAAAUUAUACUUACGAACGACGAGAAAGAAAAAAAUAGAGAAAGAAUUAAAUUACCAUAAUGGAAAAACCAAGUCACAUUACGACGGGAAUUUGCACCACGGAGGGAUUCAAAACUCUGAUGAUUCGUUUGCAAAUGGAGUAAGUGGAGAAGAGGAAAGGAUGUACGGAAGAGGAGCUGGAGAUGAUAGCUCCACUUAUCGUUUAAAAAAAUAUUCCAGUUAUAAUGGCACAAGAAAUUUUUUAAAAAAAGCAUUCAGUGUAAAGAGGGCAAAUCAGAAGAAUGAAAGGAAACUGUCUGAUCACAUUUCUUCUUUGAUUAAAAGAAGCCUUAUCAAGGACAAGGAAAAGAACAAUAUAAUUCCGCAAUGGGAAAUAUUGCCCGUGGGUAGUGGCUCUUCCGGUAAGGAGAAAAGUAAAAAGAAGAAGAACGAAGGAGUGUCACGGGAUGAUAUCUGCAUGGACGGAUGGUCAUCUUCGAAAAGUGUUGGACAGAAUGACCCACCAUCUGAUAAAUUGCAAUUAAAUUGCAGAGAGGGAGAUCGUGCAAGGAGCCCGAACAGUGGUAGUGGAGGAUCUGCACGAACCUGCCUUCAAGCAGAAAGUAGCUCAUCCGAUGAUGGAAUAGAAAGGAAGAGGGAGGACCACACUUACGACCCCAGACUGAGGAAACCGCAAGGAAACGACGAAGAUGAGGAUGAAGACGACGGAGAAUCUAUCGUGAAACUGAGCGAGUUUAAUGAGGAAGACAUGGAGAAUAAGCGAACGGACACUCUCGACGUGAGCAGAAAAUAUAUGAAUCAUCGAGUGGUCGAUUUGGACAAGAAGAACAACGACGGAGGGAAGAAGUCUCUUUUUGGAAAAUUGAAAAAAAUUUUCUAUAAAAAAAAAAAGUCGAAAGAUUCGGAGACGGAUAUGAUGAAAUUUGCGAAUGUAUACAGGAGUGAAGGAGAUCAUCGUAGACAAGGUGGAAAGAAAAAGAAGAAUUUCGACACGGGGAAUGUAUACGAGGAUGGGACGGAGGAAGAAGAUGGAGAAGGGAGGAUAAAAACGGAGAAGAAGCAUACCCGUAGUGGAGAUCGUGGGUCUAUUUUUUCCUCCAGCCUGAACAAUACAGGGAUGGUUACUCAAUAUAACACGUUUACUUCCAUCAGAGAAAGCGGGUUAUUGGAGAGGAAUCGUCAUCAUGAGAGCCUUUCCCCGGGGCGUAUCGAAACGGUUGGUAGAAGCAGGAAGAAAAACUACCGAAUCAUUAUUAGUAAACACGAAAAGAAAGACCAUGUGCAGGGACAGACUGAUGGUGUAAGAAAGAAGGAAGACAAGAAGCAGACGUUCUUUUCUAGAAUUGGAAAAAUGAGUCCUCCCUUGGGCUUAUCCUUUGAAGGAGCGACAAAAUUGGGAGAAGGAACCCCAGGAAAGAAGGAACCACUAUCCUCAUCCGGCAUGAAAAGGAAUUUGAUUAAGAAUCCUACCAGGGGGAUGGGGACAAUGAGGGAGGAGGCUGACGCGGACGAAUUGGAAAAUUUCCAUCUGCCGGCGAGCCACCCACUGAACGAUGAAAAGAGCCAAGUGAGCGAUGUAAGUGAAGGGAACGAAAGCGAACGGAGGGUUGGUGAAAAAAUGAAGGAGAAAAAAAAAAUAAAUUUCAAGUGUGAGUCAAGGGAAGAUGCGCACGCAGCGAGUGGUGCAGAGAAUCAGGAAAAUGCAGACCCAAGGAAGGGGUCGGUUUAUAAGGAGAAGAAUGUGAGUAAGACUGAAAUGAAAGGUGACGCUAGCGGAAAGGAGGUCCCUCGGGGGAAGAAGAUUCAAGAAGAGCAGACGAACAAAAUGGAGAAAAAAUAUGCCUCCGUGGAAUACAACAGUAAGGAUAACCCUAACCUGGAGAAGGAGUUGUACAACAAGUUUUAUGAAAAUGGAGUGACCAACACUAACGGGGUUAACGGUGCGAACGGUGCGAACGGUGUGAAUUCUUCCAACGCUGUGAGAAGUGCCAACCCUGGCAACCACAACAUUGGAGGUGGUGCGGGAGGGACUUACCCUCCCAAUGUGUACAACCUGGAUGAUGCCACGGAACUGACAGCUCUACUUAACGAUAACGGCAAGCACGAAAUUAAGAAGCUCCUAUGGGCCAUAAACAACAACUUUGGAAACGACAUUGAAUUCGCACCAAUAAUACCAAACCUCUGCAUAAUUCUCCUUAUCUAUUUCAAAGCUUCCGUAGUAUAUUGCAUCAUACACUGUCUAAUAAAAAAAGGAAUAGAUACCAUGAAGAAUAAGGAGGUACCCUUCUUUAUAUAUAAAAGAAAGGAUUUUGUCAAGUACGUAAAAUAUAUCUUAAAUUCAUUUAUUCAGUUUCUUCCAAAGUGUUAUCAUUAUUUGAGGACCUUAAAUUUUGAUUUAGCAGCAUGGACUGCGAGAUGUAUCCAGGAUGGCUUCUCCCGCAUGCUUCCAUUUGAUUUUGUCUUAAGGAUUUAUGGAAUUUAUAUAUUUGAAGGACAAAAAACGUUAUGUCUGUACUGUUUAGCUUUGUUAAAAUUUUUCGAGAACGAUUUAUUGAAAUGCACAAAUAUAGAACAAGUGGAAAAUAUACUUUAUCACAUUUGCAUGCAUCCAUACUUAACAAUUAAUGAACUUACACAGAUUGCGUAUCGGUUUAAGUUAAAGAGCAAAGAGAAACAGCUAAAGUUUUCAACCAAAUGCCCCUCUCCUUAUCUCAUGAAUGUUAAAAUGAAAACUUUUUAUAGACCUAGACUGAAUGAUAAUUCGAGAUUAAUAAAUUCUUUACACUGGCAAAAUAUAUGGGAGAAGAUUCCUAGUAAUUUAAGGUCCUUAGAUCCUUUUUUAACUUACUGCUCGAAGAAGGAUGGAUACAGUUUUCAAGUACUUGUCGAAAGAACAGAAAAGAAUAAAAGGAAACCCAUGAUACUUAUUUUAAAAACUUUCGAUUAUGAUUUGGUGGGUUUCUUUUGCCCCUUUUCCCUUACCAGAGAUCUCAAUUUUGUGAACUGUUCCGACAAGAGCUCUGCUUUUCUGUGUACCUUUAACACCCAUUUUAAGUUUUACAAAUGGUCAGGCAGAAAUAACACGCUUGUGCUUAUACGCGAUGGAAUUUACAUUGGCGGGAACGAUAUCGCUCUCUUCAUUGAUAAGGAUGUCAAGGUUGGAAAGACACACUCAUCCGAGUCCUUCUUCUCCCCACCCCUUAUCUCCACUGGUCGCGACUUCCACAUUAUGGACAUCGAAGUGUGGAACCUGAAGUAG